UCUUGGGCGCUUGACGCUUGCACAUUCGCCGGAGAAGCGGCCAAUUGGCUGGAUGUUGAAUGAACUACCGGUGCUCAUCGUGCAUGUCGUUUGCAGGGUUUGGGGAGUUGCUGCAGCAGGGCAAGGCUGCGAGAAUGAAUAUUUUCACUUGAAGGCUCAUGUACCUGAGAAGUAGCUGGCUGUCGUUUGUAUGGCGGGUGGUGGGAAAUGUACAAGCUUCAUGCAGUCUGUUGUUGUCCUUGGUGUGCAAUGUCUUGCAGCCGUGGCGCCUGUUGGUGGACGUGGGUACUGCCCUAGCUCCCUUGAAAGAUCACUGCCGAUCGUCGGUGCUUGGGUGCUUGGGCGCUUGAGCACCACUACUACACCACACCACAUACAACAAACCUACAACAACUGGACCUUUGAAAAUAAAAACUCCAUGCGCUGUCGGCGCAGAGAACAUCUUUUAUCGGCAAGCCUGCCUCAAUCCCCACAGAGUACAUCCCACCGUAUCAUUACGAAUCAUCAUUAAGAGGACUGGCCAGUCCGAAAUAUACCGGUCCCCAGCAGGCCCUCGAAGAGAGGCGUACCGCGA